UAAGACAUCCUGGCUUAAGCCGCAGUGCGACUGUUGUUUUUUUUCUCCCGCUUAUAGCUCCUGCUAUAAGGCUGUUUUGAUUGUGCUCGAGGCACCUCCUCCAACGCCUUUUAUUUGAAUAUUUGACUCAUUGUGUACUUUAAACUUAGAUACUGCUAUUGGUGAAGCAAGCUUAAGGACAAGAACAUUGCAAAGGUCAGAGCAGCACUGAGGCAGACUUUAGUGACAUCAUGGCUGCUGCUGCAUCCAUGAACCUGACCUUCUGGGUAAAUGGAACUCAACACGAAGUUCAAAACCCUGACCCCUCCAUGACCUUAAACGAAUGGCUGAGGUCACAGCGUGGACUGACGGGGACAAAGGUCAUGUGUGGGGAAGGAGGGUGCGGCUGCUGUGUUGUCAUGGUGACACAUCCCGAUCCAGCCAAUGGUGGAACACUUUCCUACACUGUCAACUCUUGCCUGUGCCCCCUGUGCAGUGUGGAGGGCUGGACCAUCACCACAGUGGAGGGGGGAUAA